AGCCAGUGGGAGUAGCUGACCUUGAUGUCUUGAUCUUCUUGAAACGGAAUAAAACAUUUUGAAUUCCGAAUUUGAGCCAAGAACAUUGCAGUCUGAUUCGAAUUUCGACCAAGUUUAUUAUUUUAUGUUGACUUGAAAGUUGAAACUUUUAAAAAGUGAUUUUCCAUAGUGAAUCUCUAGUGUACCCUACUUGUGUAAUUUCGAAAAUAUAGUUUUUAAUCAUGCCUUUAUUUAGCGGACGUUGUUACAGUAAUGUCAAAUUGGCAGGCAAAACCGCUAUUGUUACAGGAUGCAAUACAGGGAUAGGAAAAGAAACUGUACUGGAUUUUUAUAAAAGAGGUGCUAAAGUAAUAAUGGCAUGUAGAAACAUAGACAAAGCUGAAGCUGCGAAGAACGAUAUAGAACAGACCUGCAAAGAUUUACCAGAGAAAGGUGAUCUUGUGGUCGAAAAAUGUGACUUAACCUCUCUAAAAUCUGUUCGAGAAUUUUCGAAGAAAAUCUUAGAUACAGAACCUUAUGUGAACAUACUUGUGAACAAUGCGGGUGUAAUGAUGUGUCCGAAGGGGGUCACGGAGGAUGGGUUUGAGACUCAGUUUGGCACUAACCACUUGGGUCACUUUCUUCUGACGAUGCUGUUAUUGCCUUGUAUAAAGAACAGUACUCCGGCAAGGAUUGUUACUGUGUCUUCAGCAGCUUAUAUUAGAAAUGAUAUAAACUUUGAUGAUUUGAACUAUGAGAAAAGAAAUUAUAAUGCAGGAGAAGCAUAUUCACAGAGCAAACUUGCAAAUAUUCUGUUUUCGAGAGAGCUAGCAGCUAAGCUUAAGGCCCACAAUAUAGAAGGUGUAAAUACGUACAGUUUGCACCCCGGCGUUAUAAGGACAGAGCUUGGGCGGCAUAUGGAUGAGAUGCUAUUCAAAGGUGCUAGAAGAAUUGUUGGUGCUCUUUUCUACCCAUUUUUUAAAUCACCAGAACUUGGCGCGCAAACAACAAUUUAUUGCGCAGUGGAUGAGAAAUGCGCAAACGAAACUGGAUUAUACUAUAGCGAUUGCGUGGUAAAAAAUCUUAACAGAAGGGGCCUCAAUGAUGAAAGCGCGAAGAAACUGUGGGAAAAAUCGGUGGAACUUGUGAAAUUGGAUUUUGAUCCAUUUACUGCAGUCCAUUCUGGUGUCGCCAGUAAAUAAGGGAUGUCGACUUCAUUCCAACAAAUACUCGAAUUCUAGUAUAGAGUGUUUGUCUACUAAAGCGGAGCGGAGCGAAGCGAAGAACUUGCUUGCUAAGCAACCGUUUUGAAGUUUGAUAAAAAGUGUUUACGAUUAUCAGUUAUCAUACUGUAGCUGUCAUUUUACCGUAAUCAAGUUCUGAUUGGUCUAUUGAACACGUCUCCGCUCUGCUUCGCUUUAGUUGACAGGCAACCCUACUAUAAAUUACUUUUAAUCUGUGAUCUUUUUUAGGGAUUCCUUGUAAAACAAGGUUAUACUCUUACAAUUCCGUCCAGUCUGUCUGUUCGUGUGUCACACUCAUUUUAAAAAUAAACUUAAGAGCUAUCAUAAAGUUUAAAUUCAGCACGGUUGUAGAAACAUAUUAGCGCCACGCUAACAUGUCUCUAAUGUUUUUGAAAAAAUAAAUUCAGGCUACCUCUUUAACAUAAAAGAUGUGACCAAAAAUCUCUAUUCCCAGCCAAAUCGUUUCAGUCAUAGUUGCGCUAAGGCGUAACGAACAUCCAAAUUUUCACAUUUAAGUAUAAUAUUCAUAUUAGGAUUAGGUCUAUUUUUACAAUAUUUUGUGAUCAAGAAUUAUUGUGCAUAAGUAAUAUUUAUUUUCUUAUUCGCAGUUUUUU